AUGGAUUAUGUGCAAUUGUUUGUCGUCAAAGAUCCACCUAAGGAUGAUCAGGUUAAUUCUCGACCUGACACACUAAUGUUAUCUGAUCAACUUGAUGAUGCUUUAAUCAAUCCAAUAUCAUUAGGUGAACUUAAUGAUGCUUUAUUACCCUUACCAGUCAGUUUAAACUCAUUAAAUUCAGUUCUAUCUGAAAACAACAUUUCAACCAAUGAUGCAAAUGAACAUACUGAUGAUGAUACUAUGGAAGAGAAUUCAGCUGAAAAUAAUUUAAAUCAAGAAAUUAAUUCCCAAAAUUCACCUGCAUCAUCAAAUGAAUAUCAACUUGCUACUCAAACAAUCGAUGAAAAUCCUACACGAUCUAGUCGAAUACAAUUUUCACAUGAUGUUGAACCAGAACAAAAACAUCAUUAUUUAUCUAAUAAAUACAGUAUAGCUGAUGGAUCAGAUAAGACUGGUGGUAUCAGUUAUAUACAAGGUAUUAAAACGAAAGAAGAAAUGAAAAAAAAAGUACAAGUUUUACCGCAUCUUCUGAUUCCUCGAUUAUAUCGUCUAAUGAAUCCACUUACUCUGUUAGUAUAUGCUGUAUAUGAAGAACAAGAAAAUGGAAUGCGAAUUUGGUAUAAAAAUCAUCAUAAAGGCUUUUUAUUAUAUGAUCAAAUAAAAUACGGUGCAGAAUUUUUUAAUCCAAUUAUAUUGAAUUUACAUAAUAUCCGAUGGCAACAAGAUGGGGAUGGAGAUUAUAUAUUAGAGAUUUAUAUGUUAACUAAACUCGACAAAAAAUUAAAGCAGAAAGAAGAAAUUUAUCGAUUUGAUGAAAAAGUAAUUGAUCAGAUACAUAAAGCUAAACAUAUUAUAUCCUCUAAAAGAAAACAUUUAAAACCGACACGUUUAUUAGCUGUUCUUAAAAUCGGAAAUGAAACUUAUUGGCAUACAUGUGGUUUAUCAAAUUUUAUUCAACCACCUACCAAAAGUCUUCCAUCAGUCGAUUUGAAUGAUAGUUCGACAGUACCAGUCACAUUACCAGAAACUAAUAUUAAUUUGAGUAGAGUUGAUUUAUCAGCUUUUUUUCAACCAUCUACAAAGAAACUUCCAAUUACGGGUUUAAAUGCUAUUACUGAAGCACAAAUCAUGUUACCAGCACCUAAAAGAAAAAAGAACUAA